CUCACCAUCAACAUCAACAUCAUCGUUGGCGCGCGUCCGAUGGUGUCGAAGAAGAGAUUCCAGUUCCAAAAGUCGGCAUCGGUUGGGGCGCAUGGAGCGUCCUUGGAAGAUAUACCUAUGAUGGCUGCGCGGUGGCAUUCGUCGUGGGUGUUUGACUGGCCGGGCGUGGACGUCCACCACAUCACCAACGGGACCAGCGCGAACUUCUUCACGCGGCGGGCGCUGGCGGACCGCGAGGAGCACAACUUUCUGCCACCGUUAAAGACCAUCCACAACCCGAGAAAGCCGUACAAAGACAUCAUUUACAUCCUGCUCAACAUGAAGUGGGUGCCAUUUGGGGUCGUCUACUCGUUCGUGUACUUUGCCAUGUGUGCGCUGUUUGCCGGGCUCUUGAUGUCCUGCGGCGACUACCCCGACUUUCGCAGCGACUUUGACCUGAGUUUCCAGACCAUGGCGACCAUUGGUUUUGGGGUGUUGUAUCCGCAAUCUCGGUGCAGCAACUACGUGAUCAUCGCCGAGGCGAUCGUGUCGAUGCUGCUCACGGCGGCGCUGUCCGGCCUCGUGUUUGCCAAGUUCGCCAAACCAAAGGCCAAGAUGGCGUUCUCUGUCGUGUGCUGCGUGCAGCCGUACGGCAAGGACAAGCUCGCGCUCGUGUUUCGCGUCGCCAACGCCACCCGCAGCACGGACGUGACCCGCGACGUCGUCAUGGACGCCACGUUCACUUUGCACUUGAUGCGCAUCGAAAAGUCCGUCGGCGCUGGCAAGCUCGUGAUGCGGCAGUACCCCCUCAAGCUACAGCAGUCCAACUUUAUAUCAUUUCGCAUGGCCAUGGCACUCGUGCACGUGAUCGACGUCGACAGCCCCCUGCAUGGGCUCACAGAGGAAACCCUUCGGCUGUCCGACAUGAUCAUCCAAAUGUCCAUGACUGGCGUCGACUCGACACUCCAGGACACUGUCAUCGAACGCCGCAUGUACACGGCCGACAUGGUCCGGUGGGGCCAAAAGUUUGCCGAAAUGUUAGAGUUCGACGAGGCUACGAUGGUCGUGUCGGUUGAUUUUGCCAACCUCAGCCAAACGGUGCCGGCGCCGAUCGCGGUGGCCGUCCCCAAGGCCAAGCACCACAAACCACCGUCUGCUGCAUCGGACGGCGGAGGUGCCGAGGCGUUUCGCCGCGCGCAGACGGAAAAGCUCAACUCGCCUACGCCCAAGAUGACAUGGUCUUCGUCUCAACGCGUGAUUCGACCCCCGAGAAGCAACAACCACAAUCAAGACAUGUCGACGUCGGGCAACAUGGAACCGCUGUUUGAACCCCUGCUGCAACCGUCCGUGGGCACCCAGCGCGUGUCGCGGCGGCGGCGGUCGUCCGACAGCGCGAGUCGCUUGGGCAGCGGCCUCCUCUCGGAGCAACUGGUGCACUUGCACCAGCAAUUGGCGGGGGAUUUGAUGACCCCUCCAACAUCGUCGUCGUCUGCCAACCACGGCGACGACGAAGCCUUGAACAGCCGGAAUCGCAUUGCAAGCGACGAGUACAAUGCUGUGGACCAAGGGCAGGAGCGGCUGCUGAGCUUCUCCAUGAGCGGCAGCGACCACUCAAUCGAGAUUACAAACACGCCGCGAUUCGUGCGCAUCCACGCCAAGAACGUGCCCGUGUCGUACUCGUUUCUGAGCUUUUACUACACUGCUUUGCACAUGAAAUGGCCGCGUAUCUUGCUCUUGAUCCUUGGCUCGUCGUUGGUCGUCAACUUGUGCUUUGCCGUGCUCUACUAUGCAACGUACGACCACCUGACGAUUCUCCCCGACUUGGUGUCGGCCAAUGAUCGGUUUGAAAUUGCGUUUUACAUGAGCAUCCACACCUGGGCGACGAUUGGCUACGGCAUCGUCGCCCCCAACCCCGACAACAACAUCAACAACGUGUGGGUGGCGCUCGAGUCGAUGCUCAGUCUUGUAUUCGUGACCAUCUUUACCGGCAUCGCCUGGUCAAAAUUCGCUCGACCGCGGGCGCAUAUUCACUUUUCCAAGAACGUGGUGCUGUCCACCUAUCACGGUCAUCGCUGCCUCCUCCUUCGCGCAGCCAACACGCGGCACCACGGAGACAUUCGGGAAAGCAACUUUCGGUAACGUCAUCACAACUUGAAAGUUUGCCAUCGACGAGUCGUGGGUCGUUCUAGGCUGGGCGUGGUGCUGACCAACUCCAAGACGGGACUGCGGCAAAUGCAGGACGUGCCGCUUGUGAAUGCACAGUGGCCAUCCAUUUUGCUGCCUGUGACACUGGUGCACAUCAUCGACGAAAACUCGCCGUUUUACCAGUUCCAAACUCCCGAAGACUUUUCCGCGUACCGCGUGUCGGUGAUCACCGUGUUUACCGGACUGGACAGCACGUUUGCCGAAAACGUGUACGCGCGCAAGAUGUACUUUUGGGACAACUUUGUCAUGAGCAAACACUUUGAGAACGCGGUGGCCUUUACCCCCGAUCAUGUCACGAUCGAUUACAGCAAGUUUGACACGCUCGUCGACGACGACAUUCCGUUUCACUUGCACGUCUAAUAUGAUAUAUAUAUAUAUAUAUAUAUUGGACGUAGGACUUUCAA